CAACGCAGCCUGCGACGUCGUUCCCAUGGCAACCCAAGAGCCUGCUUUCCCAGGUCCAUCUCGGAGCUCGCGAUCCUUCUGAUUCUAAACUGGGUCCUAUACUGAGGCCACGACACUGAGGCGGCCGAGCCACGAUGCCCAGUGACACUCUCUGGGAAAUUGCAAAAGCUGAAGUGGAAAAACGAGGAAGUAAUGGAAGUGAAAGUGAUGGAGUUGAAAUUGGAGAAAAAUCUGUUUUCUUCAUUGGCAGUAAAAAUGGGGGAAAGACUACUAUUAUUCUAAGGUGUCUUGACAGGGAUGAACCACCAAAACCAACCUUAGCUUUGGAAUAUACCUAUGGAAGAAAAGCAAAAGGGCAUAACAUACCAAAAGAUAUUGCUCACUUUUGGGAACUAGGUGGCGGAACCUCUUUAUUGGACUUAAUCAGCAUACCAAUCACAAGUGACACCUUACGGACAUUUUCUAUUGUUCUUGUUUUGGAUCUUUCAAAACCUAAUGACCUUUGGCCCACCAUGGAAAAUCUGUUGCAAGCCACAAAAAGCCAUGUAAAUAAAGUGAUAAUGAAACUGGGAAAGAAAAAUUCUAAAGCAUCUUCUGAAAUGAGACAGAAGAUAUGGAGUAAUAUGCAGAAGGACCAUCCAGAUCGUGAAAUAAUUGACCCGUUUCCAAUACCUCUGGUCAUAAUUGGAAGCAAAUAUGAUAUUUUUCAGGAUUUUGACUCUGAGAAGAGAAAGGUGAUUUGCAAGACACUUCGAUUUGUUGCACAUUAUUAUGGAGCAUCAUUAAUGUUUACCAGUAAGUCAGAAGCUCUAUUACUAAAAAUACGUGGAGUUAUCAACCAGUUGGCAUUUGGCAUUGACAAAAGCAAAUCAAUAUGUGUGGAUCAGAAUAAACCACUGUUUAUCACAGCAGGAUUGGAUUCUUUGAGUCAAAUAGGAUCUCCUCCUGUUCCUGAUAAUGACAUUGGAAAGCUUCAUGCCCGUUCACCAAUGGAGUUGUGGAAAAAAGUAUAUGAAAGGCUCUUUCCACCAAAGAAUACCAACACACUGAAAGAUAUCAAGGACCCUGCAAGAGACCCUCAGUAUGCUGAAAGUGAAGUUGAUGAAAUGAGAAUUCAGAAGGAUCAGGAACUGGAACAGUACAAAAGAAGUUCUUCAAAGUCUUGGAAACAAAUUGAGCUUGAUUCUUGAACCUAAUUCAACUAUAGUGUAUUCAUUUCUUCUUUCUCAAAUACAAACUCUAAUAUGCCGUGCACCCAGCUUCAAAUAAGCACCCUUACUGACCUCGAGAACACCAAGACCGAUGCGUGGUGUCUGAGUAGACAGCAGACUACGUGAUUAUCGCAAUGAAGGAAGACUUCCUAAACUAGUUGCAGCGCAUGUGGUUCCAGCCCUCUUGACAGGAGAAUUUUCAGCAUGUUUCCAAGGAGCCUCAAUCCUAUGAGCAGCCAGGCUCCCUGCCUGAGUGGUGUGGAGAAGGAGCUCACUUUAAAUUAAUAGUGAACAUUAUGAUCUCAGAAACAUCACUGACUUGGUGGGAAGAAACAGCCUGUUCCACAAUAGUAAGAGGAAUUUUUAUUAUGUAAUUUUAUUUUCUUACACAUCACUGUCCAUUUUUGACUUGAGACACAAACUGUCACAUGUAGAAAGUCAUUGUAUUUUUCUAAGAUGGUAUCACUAACAUUUAAUAGCUUGAAGACACGUGCUAUGUCAAUUUUCCAAAUGUUUCUGAGCUAGCAUGAAAUUCAUCUGCAUAUGAAUAGUAGAAAAUGUUUCCACUUACGUUGUACACCCAUAUCUUUAGUAAGUUGAAAUCAGUGAUUUCAAAAGAGGUUCCUGUGGGACUCUCUUUGAACUACUUUAAUAGAUUAUCAUCUCCAGAAUUGUCUAUAACUGAUGUGACAUAUAUAAUCUGUAAGGCAUUAUGUAACUAUUAUACCAUAAUCAUCAGUGUCAAAGACCUUUUAUAAAAAUUGACAAUACUAUUCUGGUAAUUUACCAGUGUCUCCAGAUUCUUAAAUACUGUUCUAAGAAAUAGAAUUUUACUGUGGUUUCCUUAAUGAAAUGAUCUUUCCUACCAUAAUGUGAGACAUUUCAAAUGCUAUAAUUUGUCAUUCUUUACAAGUUAGGUCACAGUAACUGAAGAAGUUCAUGUACUCUCUAAGAUAUUCUCAAAGUUACCAUGGUAACAAUGAGAGUUUCAUUUCAGACUUAUACAUGAAUUACCUGAAGACCAAUCAGAAAGAUAAUCAGUCAUUUAGUACAGAACUCAUUUUUAAUAAUCUAUAUACCUCAUUUUAAAGCUAAAAAUAUGUAAUAUAUGUGUCUGUAUUUGUAUUUAUCAGCAUUCUUCCUCUUUACAAUUAAAGAACAUGAAUUCCUACUA